GAGAAAACAAAAACAAAAAGGGUACCGCCCUCCUCUCCACCUAUAAAAAUGCGGCCACCGCCCACCGCCCUCCGCCUCCCACCUCCACCUGACCUCCCGUCCCGCAUUCGGGACGAAGCCACCAACGACGAGCUCAGCAGCGCCGACGCCGCAACGACAACCAGAGCACCCCGCACUGUGGAGAAUUCAUGUAAAUUAUAUUAAAAGGUAGCAAUGUGGCGCCGCUGUUGCUGCAAUUGCCAAGUGGAUGAAUCCGACCAGCAUGAAAAUGGGCAUGUCAAGGCCACAAUCAACAACAUUGAUGGGGCAAUAAUGGGGUUGAAAGAUUCUACUACUGGAAAAGUCGAGCCGCAGGAUGCUGCUCCCCAAAUUGAUAUCCCUGUUCUAUCCUUGGAUGAACUGAUAGAAAAAACUGAUGACUUUGGUUCAACGGCUUUGAUAGGUGAAGGUUCUUAUGGGAGAGUGUACUAUGCGAUUCUUGAUAAUGGAACAAAAAUGGCAGUAAAGAAACUUGAUUCUACUGAAAAUGAACCCACUGCUGAAUUCUUGACCCAGGUUUCAUUGGUUUCAAGAUUGAAACAUGAAAACUUUGUUGACAUGUUGGGGUACUGUAUGGAGCGUAAUCUUCGCAUAGUAGCCUAUGAAUUCGCCACCAUGGGUUCUCUGCAUGAUGUACUACAUGGAAGAAAAGGAGUUCAAGGUGCUCAACCUGGCCUGGCGCUUGAUUGGAUGCAGCGAGUGCAAAUUGCUGUUGAUGCGGCAAAAGGACUUGAAUAUCUUCAUGAGAAAGUUCAGCCUUCCAUUGUCCAUAGGGAUAUUAGAUCAAGUAAUAUCCUCUUGUUUGAAGAUUUCAAGGCAAAGAUAGCAGACUUUAAUCUCUCAAAUCAGGCUCCAGAUAUGGCUGCCCGGUUGCAUUCAACUCGUGUCUUGGGAACCUUUGGAUAUCAUGCUCCAGAGUAUGCAAUGACCGGUCAACUAACCCAGAAAAGUGAUGUAUAUAGCUUCGGAGUAGUUCUUUUGGAGCUUUUGACAGGUAGAAAGCCAGUAGACCAUACAAUGCCUAGAGGGCAGCAGAGCCUAGUAACUUGGGCUACCCCAAGGUUAACUGAAGACAAGGUGAAGCAGUGUGUAGAUCCACGGUUGAUGGGGGAAUAUCCGGCGAAAGGACUCGCUAAGCUUGCUGCUGUAGCAGCUUUGUGUGUGCAAUAUGAAGCUGAAUUCCGCCCAAAUAUGAGCAUUGUGGUUAAGGCUCUGUCUCCACUACUCGUAACAAAGCAGACUCCAUCACCUGUUGUUGACAGUUGACGUACAAAAUUAACCUAAGUUGCAAAUAUGAGCGGCAACAGUUGGGACACUACGGACAUUUGAUCGGUUCACCUCAGUCACAGAUUUCAAACACUAACUGCAUGGAGAUGGAGGGCAUCUUUAGUACUGCAUUAACAACUUUGCAUCUGCGGUUCUACAGCAUGUGCAAGGCAACAAUAUUCCUUUUCAUCUCUCAGUAAAUGCCAGUAUCAAGGAGACUACUGAAAUAUUCAGUGAUCAACAUUGAGACUUUUUUUUUUUUGCAAAGAUGCGGAAUGGUAAAAGACCCUUCUUUUGGUGUCACAAACAGCAAUGGGAUCUCCCAGUAUACAUGUUCGACUCAGAAACCGUAACGGUAAAAAAA